AUGGUAGAUAUCCGGGAGUUCUUUGGUGAAAAAAACUCCAAGGGAACUAAACGUAAAAGUGAAGCAGUGGUAGAAGUUUCAAAUUCCAAAAAAGCCAAACCUUCAGCUAAACCAAAAAAACAACCAGAAGUCAUUGAUUUGGAUGAUGAAGAUGGUAAUUUUGAAUUUGAAGAUGAAGAAGCCGAUGAUUUGAUGGAAAUUGAUGAAAUGCCAAAAAAAGCAGCACCAAAGAAAUCAACUAAAACCACAUCAACUUCAUCAUCAUCUGGAUCAACAACUAAAUCAAAAGCAAGAGCCAAAGCGUCACCAAAGAAAAAAUCAACACCAAAAGAAUUUAAACAAGACUCAUUAGUUGAACAAGUUCUUGCCACCAUUCCAGAUGCUGUAUUACCAGAUUCCGAUCCAGAUGCACCAAAACCAACUUUUGCAGAACUCUCAGCUAAUAGAGUAGAAACUUCAACUACAUCGAUUGAACUACCGGAAGCUGCACCAAAUUGUUUAAGUGGUUUAACAAUAGUUUUCACUGGUCAAAUGCCUGGUUUAGAAAGAAAUAAUGCUGAAGUAACUGCACAAGGUUAUGGUGCAAAAGUAACAAAAUCAAUUUCUGGAAAAACAAGUUUAGUUGUUAUUGGAGCUGGAGCAGGUCCAUCAAAAGUUGAAAAAAUUAAAGAAUUAAAACUUAAAGCAAUUGAUCAAGAUGGCUUCAUUGAAUUAUUAUCUAAAAUGCCAGCCGAUGGUGGUUCUGGAGAAAAUGCUCAAAAAGCUAAAGAAAAACGUGAAGAAGAAGAAAGACUAGUUCGUGAAGAAGUUGCAAAAGCAGAAAGGGAAGAAAGAUUAGAAGAAGAAAGAAGAAAAAAAGAAGCACAAUUUAGAGCUCAAGAACAAGCUAACGGAAUCAGAGCCUCAACAUUUCAACAACCUUCGUUCAACGACAUUCCGGCAAAAGAUAAAUUAUGGACUGUGAAAUAUGCACCAACUGAAUUUUCCCAUUUAUGUGGUAAUAAAGGUCAAGUUGAAAAAUUGAAAAAAUGGUUAGGAGAUUGGCAUAAAAAUCAAGCAAAUAAUUUUAAAGGAUCUUUUAUGAAACCAGAAACAUUUCGUGCUGCAUUAAUUAGUGGACCCCCAGGUAUUGGUAAAACUUCAGCUGCUCACAUGGUUGCAAAAUCUUUAGGAUUUGAUAUUUUAGAAAAAAAUGCAUCAGAUGUUCGUUCAAAAUCAUUAUUAAAUUCUCAAGUUAAAAGUGUUUUAAGUAAUACAUCAGUUGUUGGGUUUUUUAAACAUAAAGAUGAUGAAAUCACCAAUAAAAAUAAUAAGAAAAUUUGUUUAAUCAUGGAUGAAGUUGAUGGUAUGUCAACUGGUGAUCAUGGAGGAACAGCAGCAUUAUCACAAUUUUGUAGAAUAACUAAAAUGCCAAUAAUUUUAAUUUGUAAUGAUAAAAAUUUACCUAAAAUGAAAGUAUUUGAUAAAACAACUUAUGAUUUACAAUUCAGAAGACCAGCGGAACAUGAAGUUAGAAGUAGAUUAAUGACUAUUGCAAUGAGAGAAGGUAUCAAAUUAGACCCAACUGUAAUUUCACAAAUGGUUCAAGCUACAUCAAAUGAUAUUAGACAAAUGAUUAAUUUGCUAUCAACAGUUUCAACAACUCAAAAACAAUUAGGUAAUAAUAAUAUGAAAGAUAUAAGUGCAAGUUGGAAAAAACAAGUUAUACUAAAACCAUUUGAUAUUGCAACUAGAUUAUUAUCAUCAGGUAUUUGGACAGCUCCAAAACAAAAUUUAAAUGAAAAAUUGGAUCUAUAUUUUAAUGAUAUUGAUUUUGCUCCUUUAAUGAUUCAAGAAAAUUACUUAGGUACAAAUCCAAGAUUAGGUGGUAAACAUUUAGAACAUGUUGCAAAAGCUGCUGAUGAUAUUAGUGCUUCUGAUGAAAUUAAUUCAUUAAUUAGAUCAAGUGAACAACAAUGGAGUUUAUUACCAUUUCAUGGAUUAUUAUCAACUGUUAAACCAAGUUUUGAAAUCGCUGGAUCUGUCACUGGGAGAUUGAAUUUUAGCUCAUGGUUGGGCAAAAAUUCAUCUCAGUUGAAAUUCCAACGUAUUCUCCAAGAACUUCAUUAUCAUACUAGAAUUCAAACUUCAACCACCAAAACAGAACUAAGAACCGAUUACUUAUAUCCAUUGUUCACCAAAAUUAAUGAUCAUUUGAAACAAGACAAAGUAGAUGAAGCAAUAUCAACUAUGGAUGAUUAUUACCUCACCAAAGAUGAUUUCGAAAAUUUACUUGAAAUUCUUGAUCAAAAAAGUCAAUUAACUACUAAACAAAAAACUGCAUUCACUAAAAAAUAUAAUUCAACUACUCAUCCAACUGUCAUUUAUAAAACUGGUAAUUCAUUAGGUAGUAAUAAAAAACAACCAGCUCAAAAAGUUGAUUAUGAAGAUGUUGUCGAAGAUGAUGUUGAUGUACCUGAUAAUGAUGAUAAUGAUGAAGAUUCAAAUAGUGAUAAAAUAGAUUCUAAAAAAGAUAAAUUAAUUAAAGCUAAAAUUAAAGGUGAUAGUAAAAAUGGUAAAAGUUCAAUAAAAGCUAGUGGUAAUAAGAGAGUCAAAAAAUAA